AUGAUAUUGACAUCCAAGUCUCUUGGCCCUAAUGAUCUUCAUGCCCCCCCGGACCACAUAUCCCCGAUCGGAGUUAGCCCGAUGCGGGGAGACUCACACCAGACGAACUCCAGCUCUCCAGCUCUUCAUCUCACGUCUGGAGGAAAAGCCCUUCAUCCACACAUCAUGGUUCUCACUCAGCCCCCAAACCAGCAUGUCACAAAAGCGUUCGAUCUCACCGGAAAAGUAGCAGUCGUCACAGGGGGAGCUCGCGGGAUUGGCCUUGAGGUCUCCAAAGCCCUAGCGGAGGCUGGUGCCAAUGUCGCAUUGAUAUACAACUCUUCUACUGCGGCCGAUAAGAUUGCAGCUGAGAUUGCAUCUGCCAACAAGAUACGCGCAGCAGCUUACCAGGCUAAUGUGGGUGUCCAGUCUGAGAUUGAAGCUGCGGUUCAGCAGGUCGCGAAAGAUUUCGGGAAGCUGGACAUCAUCGUCGUCAACUCUGGAGUUGUCUCGAAUAUUGCUGCCGAGGACUACACUACUGAUCAGUGGAGUGAGAUUAUGAAGGUAAACCUCGAUGGUGCAUUCUAUUCUGCUCAAGCGGCUGGGCGAAUCUUCAAAGAAAAGGGUCAUGGGAAUGUCAUUUUCACUGCUUCAGUCAGUGCAACCUUGGUGAAUGUGCCACAGAAGCAGGCUGCGUACAACGCAUCAAAGGCAGGAGUUGUCCAAUUGGCCAAGUGUUUGUCUGUCGAAUGGGUUGAUUACUGCCGCGUCAACUGCAUCUCACCGGGGUUUAUUGCUACCGAUAUUCUUGAUAUUCACCCCAAGGAGUGGCGUGAAAAAUGGCUCGAUAUGAUUCCUGCCAAGAGAAUGGCUGAAUGCUAUGAGCUGAAGGGGGCUUAUGUUUUCUGUGCAUCGGAUGCGUCUAGCUAUAUGACAGGUGCCAACCUUAUCAUAGAUGGUGGCUACACCCUACCAUGA